AUGUAUGAAUCGACAUCUACACCUGUUGGUCUCUGGCGGGCGAUGCUGCUCGUCCGAUCGUCAGCAUGCAAGCUGUAUGCCCUCCCCGUAGGCUUUAUGCUGGUGAUAGAGUCGAUCUCGAAAAAAGUCGUCGACACCGAGUUUCCACCGCAUUAUCUUUCCAAGGUGUCUCGGAACUCGAUCUUCAAGAAGCAACACAUAGACGUUGAACUCUCCUGUGCAGACACUGCCCUUCCUCCGCUUGCCGAAGAUGCCGAGGUGGAGGUGUGCAGUGGAUAUAUCCCUCCCACCCAGCGUGCCGUGCAAGAAGCAAAUGAGGAUCUCGAUCAAGAUGGCGGAAGCAAAGUCGUAGACAUUCCUCACAUGUGUCUCAUUUUUCCAGACGAUGGAUAUCUCGAGGUCUUCUCCGCAGGUAGAGAAGGAGUCCGUCGUUCAUGUGGUCACGAAGUUCUUGGUACCGCAGCUUGCAGCGUUACGCCCGAACCUAUCGACUAUGAGGGCCUUACCACACAGCUCACUCAGGCGGUCAAGCCUCAUAUAUCUCAACUCAUCGAUUUCGCACCGGACAAGCGGGGGACAGCAGGCCUCAUCGUUGACAGUUUCAUCCCUAUCCUGCAUUCCUUGCAUGCAGAAUUCCCUACGUUCGACGCGAUGCAAAGACUUAUCGUUGGUAGGCUUGCUACCGAGGUGCGCAAGAUGCGAUCGAGAUUGAGACCACUAUUGCUCAACACAAAAAUGACGUGUUGCACAAACAUGUCCAUCAUUCAGUUCGAGCCAGAACCUCUGUCUUUGCAUUCUCAAUGGCUGCGGUCAGCUUGGGGGCCCAGUGCGUGGACUAUGCAAUGA